AUGUCAUGGCCUCGUCCAAAAACAGGGAAAGAUAUCAUGCGCUUCCUUGGCAUUAUUACCUACUUUCGUGAUUGGAUACCCAAUGUGUCCCAGCUGACUGCUCCUUUGGAUAAUCUUCGGUACGCCGACUCCUUAGACGGUCUCUGGCAGGAUACCCAGGAAACUUUCUUUCAAACCUUGAAGAAUGUAUUAUUAAAAGCACCAAUCUUGAGAUACCCUAACCUUAAUUACCCAUUCUAUGUGGCCACUGACACCUCCAACGUUGGCAUAGGAGCCGUUCUAUACCAAGUGAUCAAUGGUGAGACUCGCCACAUAUCGUUUGUUGCUCGCUCCUUGAAUGCUGCCCAGCGUAAAUAUACCACCACGCGCAAAGAACUACUUGCCGUUGUCUAUGCCCUUCAGCAGUUCCAUCAGUAUUUAUGGGGUCGUCAUUUCACUCUUCUCACCGACCACCAUGCCUUAAAUUACUUCCAUACUCAACGCGUAGCGAACUCCAUGAUGCUCAACUGGCUUGACAUUCUCCUUUCAUAUGACUUCGAAGUGGUACGCCUCCCUGGUUUGGAUAACACCCUUCCUGAUGGAUUGUCUCGACUUUUUCCGGCUAAUUCAACGCUGGCAGGGGAUGAGGAUAACGAUGUCGCUGACAAUGUGCUGAACAAUAAUAAGCGUAGAAUAAAUAGACGAAAGGAAAGCAAUAAAAGGAGACGCGUUGAAUCACGCCAAAUUAACUACAUACGAGCAAAAGCCACACAUUUGACUGAAACACCGCCUUAUGCGGACAUGCUCACACCACCACCCGAAGAACGCCAUGAAUUGCUAGAGCAAGCACAUGCAUUCGGGUACUUCGGCGCUGAGGCAAUAACCAAAUACCUACAUAGUGAUGGCAUACACUGGAACUCGAUGCAGAAAGAAGCUGUCGAUCUUGUACGUAAAUGUAAUGAGUGUCAAAUGCACAACAUUGUCAAACAUGGAUACCAUCCAUUAAGACCGAUUCAUGCAUAUAUACCCGGUGAUCAAUGGGCAAUAGAUCUUGCAGGCCCAUUUCACACAUCAUACCUUGGUAACAGCUAUAUCCUUGUAAUGGUCGACGUAUAUACCCGCUUUUGCAUUAUACGACCUAUACCUAAUAAGCAAUCUGAUACCAUAGUGAGAGAACGUAUUACCAAAUUUGCUACAUUUGGUUUCCCACAAUACCUACAAAGCGACAAUGGAACCGAAUUUGUGAAUAGCUUGCUUGAGAAACUUUCGGAGGCUGCUGGAUUUGAUCAUCGUUUGACAACUCCCUAUCAUCCACGCGCAAAUGGCGUUGCUGAACGCUAUGUGCGAACCCCUGUACGCACUUUAACGAAAUCUAUUCAAGGUGCUACCAAAGAUCGGGAUAUCUUUAUACCCGCUGUACAGUUAGCUAUAAAUGCAAAGAUUACCAAACGACAUGAUACCGCCCCUUUUAACCUAAUGUUCGCACGCAAAAUAAAUGCAUUCCGUGAUUCGAGAUGA